GGCACCUUCACUGAACCUCUAAACCCUAACUCAUCUUUCCGUUUUGCAAAUCCCUCUUUCUCAAUUUCGUGAAAGAAACCCUAACAAUCCCAAUUUCCAUGGCAAGGUUCACAUCCUUCUCAUGGAGACCCUCAAUCACAAUCCCAAUCCCAGUAGCAGGCCCUCUCUUUCGUCGCCGCAAGCAAUUUUUGUCUGUCAAACCUCAAUUUCUUCACUCUCCGAAACCACAACGACUCCUGGUAUUUGCAGCGAACAACGAGAAGAAGGAAGAGGAGAAUAACGAAGCCGUGAGGGAAGUGGAAGACAAAGAAGAACAGAAACCCAGUGGUUCCAAUGGAGAAGAAGAAGAUGAUAAGAAGAAUUUCAGCAAAGAAAGAAGAACAAUUUUCAGUUUGAGUUGGAAUUCCCUUUUUGACCCUGACCCAGACAACGUGCUUGCGCUUGGGUUGACCGGGAUUCUGACAUGGGCGAGUGUUCAAGUUCUCUGGCAACUGUUGUUCAUCUCCUUCGCCAUUCUUGUCGCUGCAAUCAAAUACAAGGGACCAGAUAUUGACAAAGUAUCAUAACAGUGACAAUGUAACAUUGUCAAAAUGGAAGAUACCUCCAAACAACAUUAAUUCAAAGCAUAGCUUUUGCUUACAACCAGCAGAGUCAUGGAAUGAGACUUCUCACAAGACUACUUCUUGAAAAGCUGAAACCAACUUUGGUGCUUAUAAAAUACCAUAUGGGAUCUUAAUUAUUUAUAUGUCAAACACAGAAAUUCACUUGUCCCUUAAUAAGCAAAUGGUGUCUUCAACCAUAAUUCUUAGAGGAAGACAUUACAGGGGUAUAUUUGUGAUGUCUGCUUUAUCAAUCUAUGAAUAUAUAUAUGAAGUUCAUAAUAUAUAAGGCCACCA